UGAUAUCCUAGGAGAAUAGGAGGGGGAUUUCACAUGUCAACAAAACAGAUAAAUUAUCACCACACAGGCAUGUAAAGGUGUGCUGGUGGUGGAAUAAUCAGACAGGUAACUUCACCUGGACCUAGACCUUCUCGUCCAUCAUCUUCACCAUCUGUCUCCAUGACAACCCCUCCGCUAGUGUCACCUUUCGGCGGGCAGCCACCGCAGCAGCAGCAACAGCAGCAGGUCCAGGCAGCGCGUGAUGUCAACACGGCCUCGCUGUGUCGCAUCGGCCAGGAGACGGUCCAAGACAUUGUCCUCAGGACCAUGGAAAUCUUCCAGCUCCUCAGGAACAUGCAGCUGCCUAAUGGAGUCACUUACCACCCCAACACCCACCAGGAUAGGCUCGGGAAACUCCAGGAGCACCUGCGCAUGCUCUCUGUGCUUUUCCGCAAGCUGCGCCUCGUCUACGACAAAUGCAAUGAAAACUGUGCUGGACUGGACCCCAUACCCCCAGAGCAACUGAUACCCUUUGUGGAGGAUGACAGCUCCAAACACGAGGACCGCUCAGCCAGCCAGAGCCGCCCUGCCACCGAGGAGAGGAGAGAAAUCCUGGAGGUCAACAAGAAGCUGAAGCAGAAGAAUCAACAGCUGAAGCAGAUCAUGGACCAACUUCGCAACCUCAUCUGGGAGAUCAACUCCAUGCUGGCUGUCAGGAGCUGAGCCACAUACACAUGCACAUACGCACACACGCAACCAUUCAUGUAAAACACAUACACUCAUGCAUACAUUCACUGCAAAUAAUGGACAGGAAGAUACGGUUGUUAACCGGACGUGUGACAGGGUAACACAGACUGGCUGAGGCUGCACUUUACAGAAGAAAUGAGGACUUUGGCAAUGUCAGCCUGUUUGCUUAAGAACAAGACAUGAAGCAAUAGAAGGAAAACAAGAGGAGACAAAUGAAGAUGAAGGGGCUCCGUACCGCAGAGAGGUGAGACAACACCACACACUAGACACGGAGGGACGAGGGUGCAGGUGGUAACAGUGUGGUCGAUGGCGGAAAAUAUUCUGCCUCUACCUCGAUAUUUUACCUUUCAAUCAGCAUUAUGACUCUGAAUUAAUCUGAAGAGUUGAUGUAUUAUGUUUUAUCUAUUUGUAGGUACUAGCUUAGUAGAGAAACAUUGAUAUAUUAUUUAAUCCUCAUAUUCUGUACAUCUGUUACAUGACAUAGUUUUAGAAUUGACUGAAAUCCUCAAUUUAAAAGGUUUUUAUAUGGCCUCUAAGAACUUUAAUAAGAAAGACAGACACUGUGGGAAAAUCGUGAGUCUUCUUCUCACUAUAUUGUUCAGAUUUUUUAUUUGGUAUAAACAUAUUACUGUUUAUCUCUGAUUGGGUCUGACAUUUCAUUAUAAUGUAUUGUUAAUGAUUCUGCUGAACUAUAAAUGUUGCUGUAAUUAUUUUUUUUCAUUGCUGUGUUGUUCUGCAUUUUUCAUACAUUAGUGUAUCAGCUGAGUAUGUGGCCCCUAUUUAUGAAGCAUCUCAGAAUAACUUCUAGGAUUUUAACCUAGGACUAAACACACUCCUACCUCAGAGUAUGACUUGAGAGAGUUAUUUGCUGUAACUUCUCAUAUAAAAGCUGGUGUUCCAGUUUUACACUGCCUACAUUGCCAACACAUCUUGCGCAAUAUUGCACACGCAAAGAUGGCGUUGCAGACAAGGCUGUGGGCACAUCUCCUCUGAAAACAUGGACUUUAUCUUCUCUUAAACUCUCCAAUUUAACUUUCAUCUACACCUCCUCUUAACUUACACUGCUGGUCAAAAGUUUGCCGUUUUUCCAGUUACUUAAAUUUACUUCGCGUAAUGUGUUUCUGAAAUUUAAGCAUAGGACAAAUAAAUAGUCGUUUUUUGUUGUGUUUUUUUUAAGGGCCCAUGGAAUCUUAAAUCCUAAAUUUAAUCUAAAUUUCUGAUGCAUCUAGCAGCCGAACACAUUGUUCUUUUCUACAUGGGAAAUCAAAUAUUGUUCAGAAAGCUUGUCCCAACAUUUUGCCCAGUUCUUCCCAAACCAGCUCAUCGUGCUGGUCUGAUGGUCUUCCAUCAUUUGAAGCCAGUAUCAAGUUCUUGUCUUCUAAUAAUUAUCUUGCUUUAGGAUGAGCCACUGACCAACCAGUCUGUCUUCCUUUGUUAUUAACCUUUUCCUCACCAUUUUGAUAGCUAUAUACAGUACUACUUCCUGCAGUGCAGUCUUGUCCUAAUAAUGCAUCACAGGGUGUAGUAACAGUUUGCUCCAACUCUGAGUUUGCAAGUCAUCAAGAAAGUUCAGGCACCUGUAGGAACAGUUUGCAUUAACUUUCAACACUUCGUUUACUUCCAUUUCUGAAGGAAACUGCAAGUUAACCAAGUUCUCAAUCCCUGAAAAAGCCCUGUUUUCUAUUAAAUUUACAUGAUUUUUCAUUUUUUUUCUGAUCUUUUUGUACCAUUUAAGUUUAUUCACUGGACUUGAACUGCUUACAGUUCUCAUAAAAACUGGAAAAAUGGAGGUGCUCUAAAACUCUUGACCGGUAGUCUGUCUCUGUAUAGGAGGGUAGAAUGACUUAUUUGUCUUGGGAAUGGACUUUUUUUUUAAUAACCUCAGAGUCAUCUCUGAACUUCUCUAUCUAAACACCAUCUCCUGGCAAGUUCUAACAUGUCAGAACACCUCAGGAGCUUUCUUAAAUAUUAGCAUAGAUAGAAGUUGAUGAAAUGCUUAUUCUCCAAGGCCCAAAAAUAGGUUCAGAAUUGCCUCACUUAGAGAGUUUGUGGCCAAUUAGGACUGAUUUCCUACUUUGAGAUGCUUGAUAAAUACAGGCUGCUUUUUUUUUUUUUUUUUUUGGUAAUAAGAAGCCAGCCAUUUGUGUUUUGUAUCGCAUUAAUAGGUGAGAAAAGAAGGCAGGAGUGAGAGAGAGGGGAAUUCACAAAGAGCCUCAUGCAACACAAACGUGAAACAUGAGCUAAAACCUGAGAAAAUGUGCGCACACGCACACGCAGUCAUGUGGCACCACUGUUAGGUCACAGAUAUGCAUGACAAUAUCAGUGUCUGAUAUGGGUGCGUUUAAUAAUUCAGAGCAAAGGCAGGGUCAUAUCUGAGAUGUGUUAUGAGGCUAUUGUCCUCAGGGAGACACAAAAGGACAGAUGCAGCAUUGGAGCAGCGAGAAGGCUUUCACCCGAGUAGAAAAAGAAAUCAAUGCUCUGAGUAGUGACUAAUAAACCCCUCCUCAGUGGCCUAAUACAGGGGUGGUUAUUAUAUCUCCGAGGGCAAUGCAGCAUUGCGGGACUAUUAUUACUGUACAAAUGGAGUGUGUUCUCAUUCAGCUGAGGCAGAGGUCAGGGGCUGCGUACUUGUCCAUGCACACUCUGUCGCAAAUGAUGAAGCGAGUACAAAUGUGCAGGGUUACGCUCUGAUGUUGACAGUGUGAGCACAAAAGCGAGCACACACAAAUACAAACCAUCAGUCUCCCUGUGUCAGCGUACCCUUUUAUCGUGUCGUCAGUGUCAUUGUUCCUCAGACAAUGUUUGAUAGAAUAUCCUGUAAUUUCAUUUGCAGUGUAAACGUAAAGAGUUUCAAAGAACUUUUUGGUCAUUUUCCAUUAGUCUGUCUUAUAUACUUUAACUUGGCCUUACUCGGUGCAUGUAGGUGAAGAAACUGGUAGUGAAACUGUUCAGCCUUGGACAAACUGAAGGAUUUUUUUUUUUGAUUUGCUUGUACCUGACAAAUGUUUGAGAUUUGCUUCUGCUAUGAUGUGCCAUCUAGCUUGAGUGGUUUUGAGAUGCGUCUUGGAUCAUCUCCGACGCUAUGAGAUUUUUCAAACGCGUGAUUUUAACAUAGCUGGAAACAAAGUGCCCUUGUGUUUGUUAAGGCAGAGUGGUGUUUGAAACUUUUUGGUAUUAGAGCUGAUUGGACACCAAAGUCUCAGGAUCGAUGCCAAAACAAUAGUUAUAUUAACAGCUUACAUUGAGGAAUGUAACAUAUGUUUUUCUACAACACCCCUUUUUAAUAUAACAGAGAAGCCAAAGUUCCCAAAUAUUGAAUGUUUAAAUAUAAGCAGGCCCACAAAAAGUUUGCCUAAAGUAAAUAUUCUAAAAUUGGCAAAGCCCUAACAAAUCUAUUUUUGAAGUGUAAAAUGUUCCCUUUGGUAAAUUUUUCGAUAGCGACUCUUUAAUUAGCAUAAAUAUCUGUUGAUGCAUCGUUAGGUUAUUUGAACUCUCAGUGAUUGGUAUGCGUCUCAAAAAUCCAGGAUUGGUUGGGCUCUGAAUAAAACGUAACUAACCAAGAUUAGUAAUCUGACCACACAUUCGAUGCCAGUUUUUAGUUCAUGACUGUUUUGGAUCAAAACUUUGAGGACUGAUUCCCUGCUCCAGUAGUUUGAGCACAUUGGAGACUAGUUGAGCACGAUUUUAUACCAGAAAACAAACAAAAUAACAGCUGAAUGUGAGUCAAAUUGUAAAUGAUUUUUUUUAUAUAACACUUUGAGAUAUAUUGUAAACAGCCUGUUAAAAAAAGGACACAAAGAGAUGCAGUUAUCAUCAAAUAUGAGUUUAUUUUUUUUAUAAAUCAUUCUUACAAAAUUGGCAUUUAUCUAUUUCAUUUGUGACCUCUAUAAAAGUCUUCUGUUAAUUACAAGGUAGGAGGGAGGAGAAGGCAUCAGUACAGCUGGGCUUAACCGAGUCCUUACAGAUCAACAGAUAUUACUGCCGAUUGGUAAUGUGAUACAGCCAAUCACUGAUAAAUAAUCCCAAACAGGAAGUGGUCAUGCGUGGUUGCCUUAGCAACAGUGUCCAAACACAAAGAUGAAAACAGGGGGUGUUGUAAUAGGAGAAUGGAAGUUGUGUGUCAUCCAGUGUAUAAAGGCAGGGCUGUUCAGGCCUGCACAUGGUGCUUUUGCUGCCCGUCUACUGGAAAUAGUCUAGGACAGACCGUGCUCGGCAUGUCAGGAACUCAAAUGUUGAUAAAAGGCACAAAUCAAGAACAGACUAGUUUCCAGAACACAUGCCGCCGUCACUAUAAACACCAACUGCCUGGCACAUUUUGGGUAAACCUUCUUCCAUCUGUGUUGAAGCACACAGUAUUAACUUGCAUAAUGUUCCUCCUGAUCAAAUGACAGGCAUUUUAGUGAAUGCAGAGGUUUCCCUUGUGGCUUAGCUCACGUCCAUCACACUCUGUACUCGAUGAUAUAGUGUACAGCACGCCAACUGAAAGAUGCGACAGUUUCUGUUGCCAAAAUUAUCUGACCAAGCUGUGAAAGAGGCAAUUUAAACACAACUGUGUCGGAGCCCCAGACCCAUUAUUGUAAUGCAUUGGGGGAAGAUGUUACAGCCGAAUCUGAAAAUGUUUCCAUCUGGUGCAGGGGACCCAGCUGCUUAUUAUUUUCCAUGUUUCAGUUGGCGUAGUCUUUAUUGGGACUUUGCAAUUUGACUCCCAUGGAGCGCCAAGAUGGUGCGGCCCAAUCCAAUUCUAGAUCACUGGUGUAUGCAAUCUUUUCAGGAGUUAAAACUCUACCACUACGACUCUGAAAAUGUUCUCUCUCUCUCUGGGAGUUCUGUAUGAGAAAGUGAAGCGAGUGUGAUGGAUGUUUCCCGGGAAAACCAAUGCAGAGUGAAACAUAAUAUGAGCUGUAUAUCGGCAUCUGUGUGGAUUAUUGUGCACAGUGUGUCGAAAAUAAAAUGAAUAAAUACCAUUAACUCCCCUCAGCGAUGCAGGAUCAGUCUUAUGUUCUCGCCACGUCAUCUCAAAUCGUACACAGUCUUUUUUUUUCCAAAAAAUAAAUAUGUCUAUGUACAGUGCUGAGAGUUGCAGGGAUUU